AUGUUAAAGAGAACAACGCUGAUUGUAUUACUAUAUACCUACUGUGUUUCUGGAUGGUUUUCAAAUCGCCAAAAGAGUAGUAACUGUCGCGAAUAUUUUGGAAGUGAGUCUACAAACAAAUUACUCGUAUUUAAUUUAGCACCACUUAAAAACGAUUUACAAAUUAGUUAUCGUUCUUAUAUCUCAUCAGAUUAUGCGCCAAAUUUUAAAGAUAUUAAAUUUGUCAAUUAUUGUUGUUUCAUCCUGCAAGAGCCAAGAUCAGAAAAAUCAUUAUCAAAAUGGCGAACAGAUAUGAAAUUUUAUGGUGGUGGGCGAAAACGUCAAUUACAAAUAGAGCGUUAUAUUGAUAAGAGUAAAACAAAGCAACUGAAUAUACCACCAGAUUUGAACGAGCGAAAUAUUUUACUUUACACAAAUGAUAAUCAAUUGAAAUGGGCAACAUGUAAUGAAGUUGAACGUAUAACUAAACUUUCAUGUGCACAUUUGUGGUUAAAAUCAUGUCGUGUUAGAGAACAUUCACCAUACAAUUGGUUUUGUAAUAUAACAGCACAUAUUUCUUACACACAUGAUAUACCAUCAAUCACAGAAUUUCGUGCCGGUAAUGAUUUUAUUGUUAGUACAAGACCAAGUAUGAAAAUGAGUUGUUAA